GGACAGACGCUCAUCAUUUCCUGGCCGCCUCCCGGGAUGGCUCUCCUCGCUCGCCCCGCACUGUCCAGUGCGUCAAGUCCGGAGGGACACCUGUGGCUGGCCGGUUGGUCUGCCCAGGACCCUCUUCCCACUCCCGAGGACCUCCCUAGAACGCGCCUGGCUUGGAGGCGCUGACCCAGACCUCAGCCCGGCCUUGGAGUGGGCGCCGGGACUUCGCGGAGCCUGUCGGUCUUGGGGCACAGAGACGUCCCGGCGCUGGGAGGGCCCUGCCCUUCGGGGCGCGGGGAUUUGAAGCAGGAAGAAGAUGAGCCUUAAGUCCGAACGUCGAGGAAUUCAUGUGGAUCAAUCUGAGCUCCUAUGCAAGAAAGGCUGCGGUUACUAUGGCAACCCCGCUUGGCAGGGUUUCUGCUCCAAGUGCUGGAGAGAAGAGUACCAGAAAGCCAGGCAGAAGCAGAUUCAAGAGGAUUGGGAACUGGCAGAGCGACUUCAGCGGGAAGAGGAAGAGGCCUUUGCCAGCAGUCAAAGCAGCCAAGGGGCCCAAUCUCUUACAUUUUCCAAGUUCGAAGAAAAGAAAACCAAUGAGAAGACCCGCAAGGUUACCACUGUGAAGAAAUUCUUCAGUGCUUCUUCCCGAGUUGGAUCAAAAAAGGCAGAAAUCCAGGAAGCGAAAGCUCCCAGUCCUUCCAUAAACCGGCAAACCAGCAUUGAAACAGAUCGAGUGUCUAAAGAGUUCAUAGAAUUUCUCAAGACCUUCCACAAGACAGGCCAAGAAAUCUAUAAACAGACCAAGAUGUUUUUGGAAGGAAUGUAUUACAAAAGGGAUUUAAGUAUUGAAGAACAAUCAGAGUGUACUCAAGAUUUUUACCAGAAUGUGGCUGAAAGAAUGCAGACUCGUGGAAAAGUGCCUCCAGAAAGAGUUGAGAAGAUAAUGGAUCAGAUUGAAAAGUACAUAAUGACUCGUCUCUAUAAAUACGUGUUCUGUCCAGAAACUACUGAUGAUGAGAAGAAAGAUCUUGCCAUUCAAAAGAGAAUCAGAGCCCUGCACUGGGUUACACCUCAGAUGCUUUGUGUCCCUGUUAAUGAAGAAAUUCCAGAAGUGUCUGAUAUGGUGGUAAAAGCAAUUACAGAUAUUAUUGAAAUGGAUUCAAAGCGAGUGCCUCGAGAUAAGCUGGCCUGCAUCACCAAGUGCAGCAAGCACAUCUUCAAUGCCAUCAAGAUCACCAAGAAUGAGCCAGCUUCAGCGGAUGACUUCUUGCCCACUCUCAUCUACAUCGUUUUGAAGGGUAACCCCCCACGCCUUCAGUCCAACAUCCAGUACAUCACCCGCUUCUGUCACCCUAGCCGACUGAUGACUGGAGAAGAUGGCUACUAUUUCACCAACCUGUGUUGUGCUGUGGCUUUCAUUGAGAAACUAGAUGCCCAGUCUUUGAAUUUAAGUCAGGAGGAUUUUGAUCGCUACAUGUCUGGCCAGACCUCUCCUAGGAAGCAAGAAUCUGAGAACUGGUCUCCUGAUGCUUGCUUAGGUGUUAAGCAAAUGUAUAAGAACUUGGAUCUUCUGUCUCAAUUGAAUGAACGACAAGAACGGAUCAUGAGUGAAGCCAAGAAACUUGAAAAAGACCUAAUAGAUUGGACAGAUGGAAUUGCAAAAGAAGUUCAAGACAUUGUUGAGAAAUAUCCACUUGAAAUUAAACCUCCAAAUCAACCAUUAGCAGCUAUUGACUCUGAAAAUGUUGAAAAUGAUAAACUUCCUCCACCAUUGCAACCUCAAGUUUAUGCAGGAUGAUAAAAAUGCACAUGGAUAGUAUUUAUUUGAGCCUAAAUCAUACAUAGCCCUUAUUACAGUCCACUGAGGUCUAGAAUAUAACUUAAUUGCUUAUAAAUGUCAGAGCAUUUUAAAAGGUACAGUAUGUGGGGAUUUUUUGUUCUUUUGUUUUUUGUUUUUUUCUUGGCAAGAGAGGCUUAGUAGAUAAUAAAAUACUAUUUAUUUGAGUUGCUGAAAUUGAUUCAUUUAAGGCUUAUGUGAAAAUUUUGUCACUAUUUUAUUCCAUGGUUUUCCUAUGUGUUUCCUCAGUAGCAUUCACUAAGGUUUGGUUUUGGUAAACAUUUGCUUUUAAAGGAUAAAAAUGAAAGCUACAAAGUGUAUGUUUAAGGGAAUUCAAUGGUACAUUGUUCCACAGUCUGAAAUAAUUUUAUAAUUGUAAAGAUAGAAAAUAUAUUGAUAAGUAAAUAUGUAAAAUUGUAAAUAUGUAAAAAGAAAAAAAAUAGUGUCUUCUGUGCAUGGUAUUUCAUGUGUUAAAUUUUUUUUAGUCUAAAAUGAAAUAUAUUGAAUGUUUGCCUCUAGCAUUGUUUAAUUUGGUUGGCCCCACUAAAAUGAAUCUGGAAGUAUGUAGACAUACUCCCCUUAAAAUGUGGAUCCCAUCUUUAACAACAUGUUGCCCUAACUUUGAGGUCCUUUACAAUCAGAGACUAUGACAUUAUCAAGAUUUCAGAAUAAUUUUUUUUUUGAGAGAUUUUUGCUAUAGGGUGCGUGUGCUCACCAGACAGAGACAGAGAGACAGAAA